GCAUAUCCAGUGGAUCGAUGUUACUCUAAUCUUUGAAGCUGCACUGUCAUAUAUACAGGCUUGAAGACAUGAUCACUAGCACCGGUAUUUAUGGCCUAAAGAUGCAGUGGACCCCAGAGCAUGCACAGUGGGCUGAGCAGCACUUUGAUAUCUCCUCCACCACACGCUCUCCUGCACACAAAGUGGAGGCCUACCGGGGGCACCUGCAGCGCACCUAUCAGUACGCCUGGGCCAACGACGACAUCUCUGCACUCACCGCCUCCAACCUGCUGAAGAAAUACGCAGAGAAGUACUCUGGGAUUUUAGAGGGUCCGAGUGAGCGAGCGCUGCUCUGCUCCUAUUCCGAUGGCACUCCUGGACUCCUGAAUGGACGUAAGUCAGAGAGUGAGUCCUGGCAGGAGGGGAUUUACCCAAUGAACUGCGCUCCAGAUGUUAUAUCUGUGAGCAAAUCUGGAAUGACAGCUGCRCUUCCCCCAACAGACGUGUCGGCCAGCAUAGGUAGCACCCCAAGGGGGGCCAGCAGCCUGACCGAGCCCAGCUAUUCCAGCAGUAACUGUGGGAGUCACACAGCCACCAGUCUACACUCUGGUCUGUCCUCUCAGGAAUACGCUACGGGUUACAAUGGCUCCUACCUGCACUCUAGUUACAGCGGGCAGACCGCCUCAGGCCUCCCCUCUCCAUUGCACAAUGCUGGUCUCCUACAACCCCCGCCCCCACCCCCACCACCUCCCCCUACUCUAGUGCCCAGCUACAACGCGGGGUCUCCCAACCUCUCCAACUACAAUUAUCCUCCGACYGGGUAUCCCRCACAGACAGRUGUUGCCCCUYGCUAUAGCCCUGGGGGYGSRCCACCWCCCUCUMCCUAUCUGCCAUCKYGCAUCGCAGCUCCCACGCCCCUACCCCCCUCUACACUCCCUGGCUAUACCUACCAGUCCCAUAACCAUGCACCAAUUGCACCAACACCUUUGAAUGGCAGCUCAGCCAACUCAUUGAAAAGAAAAGCUUUCUAUAUGACGGGGCAUGGAGAUAUGGACUCCAGCUAUAGUAAUUUCAACUACAACCAACAGCGCUCCUCACAAAGCCCUAUGUACAGAAUACCAGACAACAGCAUCUCAGACUCAAGCAGAGGGAAUGGAUUUGACAGGAAUGCUGAUCCGUCAUCUUUAGCAUUUAAGCACACGAAGCAGCCAAUAUCCUCAGAUCAGCAAAGAAAAUGUUGCAGUCAGUCUGGCCGAGCAUUAACCCCUCCCUCCUAUGGAUCAACCAAAAGCUCUGUGGGAGGCCUGAGAUCGGGCGAGUCCUUUGGAAAGUUUGGAACCCCCAUAAUGAGUGAUCACAGUGAAGAGCAUAGACAGCUCCUCUCCCAUUCCAUAGCAGGGUCGGACAUUGGCAGCGCUACCUCAUCCAGCCACACCGCAGAGGAGCAGCUGAAGAACAGUGAUGCCAACCUCGUGGAGUUGGUCACCACAGAGAUCCUUCAGCCCGGUCCCCCAGUAGACUGGAAUGACAUUGCAGGUCUGGAGCUGGCCAAAGCAGCCAUCAAAGAAGAGAUUCUGUGGCCCAUUUUGAGGCCAGACAUGUUCAGUGGACUUGCCACAUUACCUCGYAGCCUCCUUCUCUUCGGACCUCAGGGAACAGGCAGAACACUGCUGGGCCGCUGCAUGGCCAGCCAGCUGGGGGCUGCCUUCCUGCGGCUCAGUGGCUCAGCCCUGGUGACCAAGUGGCUGGGAGAGGGAGAGAAGAUUGUCCAGGCCUCCUUCCUGGUAGCCAGGUGUCGCCAGCCCUCAGUGGUGUUCAUCAGUGAGGUGGACAUGCUGCUGUCGGCCCAGCUCAGCGAGGAGAGCCCAGUGAAUAGGAUCAAGAGCGAGCUCCUCAUGCAGCUGGACAGUGUGCUGACCUCAGCCGAGGACCACGUCCUGGUGGUGUGCUCCUCCAGUAAGCCUGAAGAGAUCCAAGAGUCCCUGAGGAGGUACUUCACCAAACGGCUUCUCAUCCCCCUACCUGACAGCACAGCACGACACCAGAUAAUCAGCCAACUGCUCUCACAGCACAACUAUUGCCUCAGUGACAAAGAGUUGUCACUGCUGGUCCAGCGGACGGAGGGUUUUUCAGGACUGGACGUGGCCCGGCUGUGCCAGGAGGCAGUAGUAGGACCGAUACAUGGCAUCCCAGCUUCUGACCUCUCAGCCAUCCAUCCCAGCCAGAUGAGACCAGUCUCUUACCAAGACUUUGACAAUGUAUUUAGCAAAUUCCAGUCCAACAUAUCCCAAAAAGAACUGGACACAUACACCGAAUGGAAUAAAAUGUUUGGUUGCAGUCAAUGAAACUGAAGCAUUCGAACAUGUGGGAAGGAAARCCCUUUCAGAAGGAUACCAUUUAGAAUUCUCAGUAAACAGGAAGUGGACAAGAGAAUAAUACAGGUAGUGGUGACUUUAACACCUGCAGUACAGUAAAGGCGUAAAGGUAGGCCUUAGAGAAGCAGAGGCAUGCUUUACACAACGGCUGGCAAUCUGCACACAACACAUAGAGAAAUAUUAUGUUGAUGCUUGAAACUGAUGAGGCCAAGCAUCGCCUACCAAGGUGCAAGUGGGUAGACUUUAACAGGAUGGAACCCCUGUGUGUAUAUAUCAGUUUGCUGUUCUGGAGAUUUAGUUGCUAUCAAGUGCCUGAAGUGGUGCUCUUUUAUUUUAUAAAAUUAUCUCUUCGCCUCACAAUCUACAUUGAUGGCAUGUGCUAAUAUAAAAAGCUUUAAUAUGAGACAAAAACAACAAAAUUGCUUUUUUCCAUUGAAACAGUAUUCCUCAACUGUGUCUGUUUUGCUCUCUCUGUGGACAGUAGAAAGUACAAGUGUCACUGGUAAUUUGAACCCUAAUUUAUAGACAUCGUUUAUUUUGAUGUUCUCUCUUUAUGAAAACUCAGGAAAGUGAUUGUGAUAUGUACAGUACCUCAAAGAUUGUUUCAAAGCACUAAACAUUUGGCUUGCGUUUGAAUUUGCAUUAUCAAAAAAUGGAGGGUUACGGUACCUCGAAAGGCUAAAAAUGAGUAUGACAUUGAAUGUACCAGAGUAAUUCUGGAGUAUUUGGAAGACAAAAGGAGAAGUGUCGUGUUUUUCUUUUGCAAUUUCCCAAGUGAAGAAUCCUAUUGUGAAUAUAGUUUUAUUUGAUAUGUGGCAAAGAUGGAGGAAUGACGUUUCUUUYAUCAACUACAACACAUUCGACCGGCCUUCAUCGACCGGCCACCGUACAUUAAGAGWACACAUUUUAGGAUGUAUUUUUUUGUUAAACCUCAUCUGUAGGAGAAAGCAUAACAUAUGUAUUUGUCGAAUAUUAUCAGCAGCUUAAAUUUGUAUCUCAUCUGCAGAUAAAACUGUCAGGCCACUUGCGGAGAAAUGGGUACGGCUGAAAGCGAGCCUCAUGAGGUUGAAACAGACCGUUUCCCCCAAGGUAUUUCAUUCCAUCCCGCUGCUGUUUUAUCAUUAAUGAAAACGAAGGAUUAUGUAUGCCCUAAGUUUUCUACCUCAGUUGAUUAGUUUUCUCUGAAAGCAGAAUCUAAGGGUAUGGCCAGAUGACAAAGCCUAUUUCACUUAUUAAACUAUGAAGCCUUUUGAGGGAACAAAAAAGCUGCRUUGCUGACAACAAAAUCAGCUUAAGUUAGUGUUACGCCAGUGUAGUCCCUGUUCAUAGACACCUAUGUACAUGGUUUAUUCAUUUCUCAGAACAUGAGCAGGUUGGUCUUGAAAAGGGGUCUGGAGACGUGUGACCGUUAGCCCCAUCUUUAAGCCCUUGUUCUAGGGUCAUUUCUUACAGCAAAGCUAUGUUAUUACUAACUAUCAGUGUUUAGUAAUAUGCCAGAAAAGGGGCAAUGGAGACACAAGGCCUGAUGAAUGCAUGAAAAAGCCUUGCAUUUGUUUUUAUUUUUUUCUUCCUUUUCUUUCCUAUAGCGGUAUGAAAACUGUUAGAAGGCACUAGUGCAUUGAAAGGGAUGCCCUAUAGUACCACUGAAAGUACUAUCAGUACAGUGCAACUGCACUGAGGGAUCUUGCGUUUUUGUUCACCUGCAUUUCAAAGUGAUAUUUUCCCAAUUUGUGUUUCAUAUAUCUUAUAUUUACAUAUAUCUUAAAUUGUUUUGGUCUUACUCAGCUUAUUGUGUUUACAAUUACAAAAUAUAUUUGUUCAUCUCCAAUGACGGCACUUACUUUGCUAUAUGGCUUUUAUUGCCAUAGAUAGAUAGGAUAAAAGUCCCCMGAAGUUAAGUGUAGUUAACCAAAUGCACUUUUGAAGCUUUGUUUAGUCAUACAAUAAUUUGUUUUCAAGUCUCCCUUGAAGCCAAAGUGAAAUCAACAGUUUUAUUUUGGCAUAAGAUAUUUCAACUGAAACUGGCAAUUACUUACUUUAAUAGCGAGUUAAGCAAUUUUGCUUAUGCCAAUAGGGCAUGUUUAUUCAUGAUUUUAAGGCAAAGCAAUUAAGCAUAUUGAAAAGAGCUGUUCAACAAGUUAUUUAUACAUUACAGUACACUACAUUACACUAAUUAUAAGAGCAGUAMAACAGGAAAAACUAAGGGAUGAGAAAAAAACUUCACUAACACAUCCAAACAAAUACAGUUUCUCGAAGUCAUUUAGUUUGGAGGACAACAAUGUAAAGGAUAGGCCUUUAAGUACAACGAACUGGCUACAGAAAGGUUGAUAAGCACAUCUAUUCUCCUUCAUGUCUGACAAUGUUUAUCACUUGAAUGUUGCUUUCCAGCCUGUAUCACUGUCCCUCUGGGUGGGUUUUGUACAGCGCUGCUUUUAAUGUCGGCUUCAUCUUUACGUAGUCUUAUCUGUUUUCUAUUUAAACCUCGUUCUUUAUAACCAUUUCUACCUCAUUGCUACAUAUUGUACAUGUAGUACUUACGUUCUGUCUUUUUGAAUGUCAUGCAUUUGUACAAAAAUAAAGAAACAAAACAACAACAACAAAAAAACGCUAAAGGAAAAAAUGGACAAAAAAUGAACAGCUUACCACCGAAAGACAGUCCUUACACUGAACAGUAUUAGCAGCAGAACGGAGAAGACACAUUAGUAAGUGUGAAGUUGACGAUAAUGCACACAUACUUGAGAUACUGACUUCUAUGGGAUAUAUAGGUACUCAUAAUGCCACAUUUCUGCAAGUAUAUUGUGGGCUGUAUAGGUCUUUCUAGAGGGUCUCCAAUGCAAAUUCCGUUUUUAAACUAGAAUGACUUGCUUUAAUAUUUUGUGAAUUGUUGUAGUGCGCAUGUUAAUGUGUCUUUGUGUGCACUUACAAUUCAAUGUGUAAGUGUGUUGGGUUAACAUAUUUAGAUAUGUGAAAUUACAAAUUUAUACAUUUCAUACAUAUGUACAGGAAAUAAACUUGCACAUAUGUGUACUCAAUGUACAUUUGCUAUUGAUAUAUACAUAUUAAAAUGCACCACAUACAGUACAGUACAUGUUUAUAUGUGUGUAUGUAUUGCCAUACCUACAGUAAACGUCAAUGUAUUUUCAUCUAUUCCAAGGUACAGUACAAAAAAAACGAACAUAAAAUAUUGAAUAAAGCUGUUUUUUUCUGGAAACCAAAUGUGUUUUCUUAUGUCUCCACUCUCUCAUUGGUUAGACUCGAUUGAUUAGACGUGUGGACAUGUCCAUGUUCGCAAUGUGCYUUUACAAUUUCAGUUCUGACAUUGAUAAUGUUAGUCAAGAGACAUGACAUUUGGAAACGCCAGUUAUUUAUUGUAUAAUACCUAUACAACGCACAACACAUGGUGCUCUCUGAGACAAUUAGUUUCUAUUUAUUUUGAAGGUUUUUGUGUCUUAAUAGAAAAUUGCCUAGACUGUGUAAUUGUAAUUCUUCCAUUAACCAAAUGUGUUGUUUUUCAGUCAUUAAAAUGUUAUGAUCACAGGAAAGGAGAAGGAUUAUACAAUCACACCCCUUAGUUCAUAGCUCCACACUGCCACUGAUUCUCUUUAUGUAAAUUGCACAUUUAUGCGUCGAUUUUCAUUUUUUUUUGAUGGUAUCAUUAUAUAGUUGAUGGUAUGUGCGUAGGAAGCUGCUGUAUAAUUAACAUUAAGGAAAAAAAGUCACAGUGCCUUUUUGUGCCCAGUGCUGUUUCAUUUGUAAUGCUG